AUGUCAUGUUUUCCGGUGACGCACGAUGACUAAUAAUUCACCGUUGUGAAAACGGUAUCUAGUAGGCCGGCUUCUCUGUUAGUUCCACACUUUGUUCAAUCUAAAUCCGCAUUUCAGCGUUUCGCAAACGAUUCCCCCUGUGGUUUUCCAGUUCUGCCAAACGCGUGUCCCGCAUCCAUUGAUCUGAAAUGUCCGAUCCUCGCCUUCGCCAGCUAACCAUCAAAACAGGUGUUGUGAAACGCUUGUCGAAGGAAAAGGUCGUGUACGAAAAGGAAGUCGUUACGCAGCAGAACCGCAUCGACAAACUGAAAGCGGCCGGUUCCGACGACCAUGUGCUGCGAAAGCAGGAAGAAGUGCUGCAAGAAUCGAUGAUGAUGAUUCCGGAUUGUCAACGACGUCUGGCUAAAGCUUACGAGGAACUUACAGAAAUGAUCAAAAACGAAGAGGAACUUAAGGAAUCGGAACAAUACCAAGCAGCCGUUGCCGUGCUGGAUGAUGCCAAAGUUAAUCUUCCACAAAAGAUAACAGCAUAGAGCGGAGACAGCAGACUUAGUGUUAAGGCCUCACACGCGCAUUUAUACGAUAACCUUAUUAAUUCACGCAGAAUCUUACCAUUUUCGUUAACAAAUUGAGCGUAAAAUGUUUGCACACGGGCUACUAAAGCACAGCUUGGAUAUAUCAUCGAUGCCACCUCCACCAAUCGAUGAUUCCUUUCCCCAUCCUACACUACUGGAGCAGACCCGCGUGACCGACGCGCACAGAGUACAACAAUUUUUAACGGCCACGAAAGCCGGAAUCGACCAGCAUGAUGGUAAAGCGUGCCGCUCAAUCGUCCCCGUGAAUAUUUCCACUUACCGCGCGGAACUUUGUGAAGCUCUUAACGUUUUGGAGAACCUCAAACACUCGAAGUUGGUUCUGGACGAUUUGCUCCAGGAAGCCGAAUCUGGUGAGACAUGGAAUGAAGAGCUUAAUCGUGCGGGACAAUUGAAAGAAGUUUUGGGAAAGAUGCUCGAAGCGCUUGAAAAUGUUAAGCGCAAGCAAUCAUUACACCGUAAGCUGUCCGCACGCCGCAAGAAACGAGCAUGGCUAAAAAGACGAAAUCAACGUCUUCAUGCGAAUCGCUUGGCGGAACAAACGGCCCGUACGCAACGUUCACAAGAAAUAGCUAACUGGGAAGCGGAAUGGAAGGAUCGACUGACCCAGGAACGAGUUGCCCGGGAAGAGCAGCAAAUGAAAACACUGAUUCUAACUGACGUCCGGCGUAGAAAGGCUCGAGCGAAACGAAUGCUAGCUCGAUUCGAAAAAUCACUGCACCUGCACCAGCAAAGGCAGAAUGUUUCAACCGUCAACACACAACCGGAGGUACGAUUCGACGCCCGCAUGUACGCGCUCAUAGCAGAAUGGCGAGGGAAGGUAGAUGAGUGCGUGAAAGAAGAGAAGCGGCUAAAGGACAUAUUAAACCGCCAGUCCACCGGUAACGUUAGUCGUCGGCGUGAAAACCGUUGGCGAAAGGUGCUGUUUGGCACGGCUGCAAUAGGUGGAAUGUUUGGCCGUCAGUCCAAAGACUGGUGGUGGCAGGAACUUGUAGCCGUGCGUCGGGCUUGGGAUAAGUUUUCGUUGCCAGCUGAUCCGAAUCACCCGUUUCACCUGCAAGGUACGGUAAACACGUGGAAUGUACCACCGGAAAAACCGUCACCGGAAUGGGAAGUGUAUCGCGAGACGAGCAAGAUCAAACGCUGCAGUUAAAUGGGGAGGCGCGCUGGUCCCAUCAGUUCGAAGUGUGCAAACAAUGAUGUAAAAUUUAAGAGAUGAUUACUAACGUUCAAUAAAGUGUGGCAAUAACCAUUCAUACACACACACACACA